AUGAAAGGGAAGGUUGAUGCGAUCCUGGAAGCCAUCAAAGCAUUAAGAACUGAAAGGCCUAUUGUUGUGCAAGAGAUUCCUGUUGACGCCAGUCAACCUGCUUCCAGUGAACCUACUGUCAUUCAACCUUCUUCCACUCCACUUGAGUUCCAACCAAGGACUACAGUUACCCUUGGAAUGCCUUUUAGCUUCAUGACUGUUGAAGUGCUAGGAAAUUCCUAUCGAGGGGGACCAAUGCCUAUAACUUAUGAAAUUCUGGUUGUGAAAGAGCUUGUAUGCCAAGUCCCUACUUCACCUCACUAUACGGAGGUUCUUUAUCCUACUUUAUGUGGUCCUCAGUUUUCUAGUCCAGAUAUGCAUCCAACGCCAACUGCUGAAAGAACCCAAUCUGUCGAGAGAUCUGCUGAGAAGUAUCAGAUUCUUCAGGAAAAGAUCCGAGCUAUUGAAGGUUUCAGUGCCUAUGGAAUGGAUGCUGAAGAGACGUGCUUAGCGCCUAAUCUAGUUAUUCCACCUAAAUUCAAGACUCUCGAUUUUCAGAAGUACAAGGGGUUAAGUUGUCCAAAGAGCCACAUCAUCAUGUAUUGUCAUAAGAUGGCUUCUCACAUUCACAAUGACUCUUUGCCUAUCCGCUGCUUUUAG